GUUCCAAAUGGAAUAAAUUCUUGGUCUGUAAGUACGAACAUGGAGGCCAUAGGACGCUAUUUGGGACAGGACCGUAGACUCAUCUCCAUGUUUUCCUGCUAAAGCAACAACACACUUGGAGUUUUUAACCAUUGUAUAGGAGCUGUAGCGCCUCAAUCUCUCUGUAAGAUCUCCAGAUCUCCACUCUCUCCUGUUUGUGUUACAGAGAAGAAACUGGUUUAGUAGCUACCCAGGUGAAAUGGAAAAGCUGAGAUAGAGAAUGGCUCAGGCAUCCAGCACUCCCCAGGAAGGACACAAUGAGGCUGAAAACAGCAACAAAACACAAAUACAUCCUCAUGUUGCAGACAGAGCAAUGCCGUCUGCUGUGACUGACAGCUCUGAGCUCCGAGGCUCAGAAUCUGACCAGGUCAAUUUGAGAAUUCCAUACAGUUGUCCAGAAAUACUUUCUGAAAAAUAUCCGCCGCUGAAGAACAAACACGAUGGUCCUCUUUUUGGUGUGUUUACCAAGUCCUGUCAGAAGACAGAUCCUCUGUAUCAGAAGCACUUCAGUCCCAGUCUUAAGUAUUUCCAAAAACAGAAAAGUGACAGUUUUAGCAGGAACUAUGAACACGAAGAUAAUUUUGUAGCAUGCCAAGACCUUACCUCUCGAUCUUCCCAACGCUUACAGCACCUAGAACACACUUUAUUGGCUCUCAGGUCUCAGUGUCAUGUACUGCGUGGAUCAGGAAGUUGUCUGAGGGGGUGCAUUACGGGACUGUCCUCUUCAGGAGAGGCAGAAUUUUAUCAUCACCCUCAGGCAACAGCCUUUAGUCAGCACUAUGCACAACUCCAGCACCUUCUGGAACAACGGGCUCAGCUCCUCUUCCUCCAUGAAUAUGGUCGUAGAUGUCGUGCAGCUAACUGCUUUAUAUCACGAUUGCGUGAUUUGCUGAGCAAAGUGCAUGUCUUAGCCAAAAAGAGUUCUAAAGAACUACUCGACUUUUACUGUAACCUGGAUUUUAGGGCUAUGUGUCAGGAACUGCAAGUCCACGUCGGCCACUGGGACAUGCUACAUUCACGAAUGCGAUCUGACCCAUUCUUGCAAACUGUUUUUCUCAGUCGCACAGAGAUGCUAGUCUCAAUACAGAGAGCGUUGUGGAUGCUGGGACAGGAAGCCUUGCUGCUGAUGGAGAAGUGCAUGCACACUGUGUUUAAAACGUUAGCUGCUGUUCGGCUGGUGGGUCUACCCAGCAGUGCCUUGGAGGACUUGCUGUCUGCUGUGGGACUCUAUAAUAACAUCAUAGCCAACCCUAGGUCUCAGAAAAUGGUUACAGCUGGAAGUUUGUUCACCCCUGAUUGUUCUGAGAACAUUUCAGGCUUGCCCAGGAAACACCGCAGACUUGGUACAUUGUUAGUGGUGGAAGUCAUGAGGAUUGUGGCAUUGCAUCGGGGUCAAAUUGCAGCCAGGCAACUUUACAGUUGGACAUGCCAGCAGACUAAUCUUCUUUCGCUUGCAGGACAAAACAGCAUGAAAUGGGAGGACUUAGAUUUUCUGUAUCUUCUUGUUCCAUCUACUUCAUAUCAAUCUAAAUCUAACUCAGACAAUUUCAUUAAAAAGCCACUCCACAGUUGCUGUUCUUCCAGUCUGCCCUUGUUCAUGUUUGCUCAGUGGGAUCAAGAGGACAUCCUUGAAACUCUUUUUCAAAGCUUAGUGCCCUCAACAGACAACUUAGCUCCAAACAUUCCCAAAAGACCUCCGUUUGAUAGGAGUGUGGCGCUUUUCUCUCAGUACAGGGAUAUGCUAUGGAGGGAAUUCGGCAAAGCGGUUAUCCAGCAUUUUUAUUACCCGUCUCACAGCAGUGUUUUAGGUGGUAUGAACCAAUGGAAUGAUCAGAUGGUGUUUCUUUUGGUCAGUUGGCUAAGACAAGCUUGUGAAGAAGAAUUGGUUCCAGCUGAAUGCAAGAACAUCUUAAAUAAAUUCUACUCCCAUAUUUUAUCUACUGAUGCCUUCAUGCACUGGGAUGCAAUAAUGUGUGAGUCACUGGGUUUAGGAACGAAGGAUAAGUGUUUACCGAGAGCCACAACAGAUCCUUCCACCGUCAGAACAGCCACCAUGGAAAUUGCAUUCCAGCUCUUCCCUCCUCUCCACUUUGUGCUUCAGUUACUGCAAACCCCACACACAAACUCGGGAAAAGGAAACAAACUCCUUGGUUUGUAUCAUCUAGGACUGCUGUGCAGGGCUAAAGCCACGGUCCAGUCUUUAACCUUCUGGGUUAUGAGUAAGGCCUACCAGUUUCUGGCCUCAUGGUCUCUUACUAAGUUUGUGUUAGUCACCCAAGGAGACCUUAAGGCUCUCAUGGAGACAGUGGAGAAUCUAGUGCAGCAGCUGAACACUGUGGUUGGAACGGCCGAUCAUGAUCAUCUUCAUCUUCAUCAUCAUCGCAUUGUGGAAUAUGGACUCCAGUUAUCUCAUGCAGGCUCACAACUACAUGUCUUCUCUGAACUAAUCCUGAGGAUCUUUUCAACGGAUUGCAAGAAAAUGUCGAUGGAGGUUUUUGAGCAAAUGAUGCCAUCAGCAAAACACUGGAGAGUCAACUGUAAAACAGAAUUACCCAGCAUCCCGAGCGAUUAUGCAGUUUUCGCGGCUCAAAGUGUGCUUGGUCAGGUGUUUGAGGGAGUGCAGCCGCUACCAGAUGAGACUCGUAUUCCAGCACUGGCAGAGGCCAUGACUGCCUUCAUGGAGGCCUGGAUGGAGCACAUACUCAAACAGAAAAUCAAGUUUAGUGUUCAUGGAGCGCUGCAGCUAAAGCAGGAUUUUGACAUGAUUAGAGAGUUGAUUCGUUCGGAGAAAUACAGGCUGUCGGAAGAGCUGCACCACCGUCUUUUGUCAUUGCACGUCUUUCAUCAAGUGGACAAUGCCAUAGUGUGUCUUUUGCAGCAACCUGUGACCAAACCAUACAUGCCUUCUCAAAGAUGGGAGCCUUUCCGAAACUGCUGCCCAAACCGGGCCCAGGUCAUAGAUCAGACCGUUGGAAGCCUCAAUAAUUUGGAGACUAUCGAUGUCCAGGCAGCCUGUCACCAGGCCUUGGCUCGGACUGAAGGCUCUGUGAGCCCUGAGUUGCUCUCCACAGCUCCACAGGAAUCCUACUUAGCUGUGGCACAGCAGGAGUGGCUGGACCUGCGCAUUCACACUGGCUCUCACUGGAGGAUCCCUGGCCUGCGUUGUUUUACUAAAUCUGAGUCAUGAAAAUGUUGCAAAGUCUCUUUAUGAUGGUAUUAUACAAUUUGUACAGCAAUAUACAAAAACCCAUACCAUGUUUACCAUUGCUGUGCAAAAACAAGCAUUUCAGCAUAAAGUUCUGAAUUACAAACUCCGAAUUAGCAUUAUGAAAUAUUUUGCAAGCAGUUAGUUUUUCUUCUUCUUCAAGGAACUCUUUAAAAAAAAAAAAAAAAAACUAUAAUUUCAACAUAUGUAGAUCACUAUUAACAAAUGUAUAAAAUUCAGUUUUGCAUUGUAAUUGUAUUUUUGUACUAGAGUAUGUGUUAGAUCAGAGCAGUACAUAGCAUUUUUUUUUUAUGACUUCAGCUAAGUAAAACCAAAGCAGGCCACAUAUCUAGUGUACUUAAACAAAUUAUUUUUUAUUUUAUAUAUAUUUUUUUUUAUAUAUAAUGUGCCUUUAUAUGAAUCAUUAUGAAAGAAAGAUGUUAGUAUUUUUCUGUUAUUAAUAAAUAUUAGUUAUUUAGUGUAAGCAAUCUAUUAAUAUAAGCCAUCGACUGUGUUUUUCCAUCAUGGAAUUAAAAAAAUGCUUUAUUUUUACAUUUUUAUUUUUGAGUGUGUUUGUUCUGUUACUCUUUAUUUAGGAACAGCUUCACAAUGAUUCACAGUGACAGAAAAUAAUAAAGAUUUGCCCCUUUGGUGUUAUCAUAA